ACCAUGAUCGGCAAUGAGGCCGCACAUUAGAUGGAAGUGACAUCUACAGACGGGGCCCCGGAGACUGAGAAAGGGUUUUCAGCCCUUCCGCAGGUCUCCCACGACCUCGUGGCCACCUGUGCUGUGCAGGAGGAGGAAAUCCUUCACCUGGAGCAGACACUGGACCAGAUGCUCGCACGGGUGCAGGCGUUGGAGAAACAGCCAGCUGCUGUAGCAGGCGCAGAGCCUUCCACCCUUACCACCCGUGUGCAAGUUUUGGAGGAUGACGUCAACAACAUCAAGCGUGUGCAUCAGGACUUCCGAACGUCGCAGCAAGCAACGAACUUGCAGUUGGAGACGCAGGUACAGGCUGCUGCCACCGUGACGCCCGCCGCCGCAUCCUCCCGGCGCCCACCCAAACUGGAUGACAUUCCAGUUUUCUGCGAUCAGUCCAGUGCUUGUACCACCGAUCUGGUGGUGCAUGUCAACAUGUCAAGCAUGGCUGGACAACAUCUUGACCAGCCACGGCGUAGCAGUGUCGGAACUGCACACCAAGCUCACUUGGCAGGAGUUGACGGAUGUCUCGCACAAGCGAUUCCAAGUGGAGCCGCCCGACCUGCAAGCGAUGGACAAGCUCAACAAGAUCCAUCAGAAUACGCUCCUCAGUCAGGACUGGAUUACCGAGUUCCAAAGACUCCCCGGUACAAAGCUAACCGCCACAAAUGCGAGUUUGUCCGGCAAGAGCUUGAAUACUUGGGUCAUUUUGUCUCUCCAGAAGGCAUUCGUCCGUUGGUGGCCAAGAUUCAAGCCAUCCCGGAGUGUCCCGAGACGAAGAAUGUUACGGACGUCCGAUCCUUCCUCGGCUUGGCUGGUUAUUAUCAGCGCUUCAUCAAGGGUUACUUGAAGAUCGCGGCCAACCUAAGCAAGUUACAAAGCGAGGAGCGGCCUUUUGACUUCUACGACAACGCGUGCCAUUCUUUUGAGACACUCAAAGCGGCACUCUCGUCCGCCGAGGUGUUACAUAUUUACGACCUGCUUCUAGCUACGCGAGUCACUACCGAUGCGUCGGGCUAUGGCAUUGGGGCCGUCCUUGAGCAGCACGAUGGCACGGACUGGCACCCCGUCGAGUACUUUAGCAAGAAAGUACCUCCCGUGCAUUCGAUCGACGAUGCACGGAAGAAGGAGCUUCUUGCCUUCGUCCACGCACUCAAGCGUUGGCGACAUUUCCUCCUUGGUCGGAAAGCAUUCCGAUGGGUAACGGAUAACAAUCCGUUGGUAUUCUACAAGUCGCAAGACACGAUUAACAGUACCAUUGCCCGUUGGAUGGCUUUCAUCGACCAGUUUGACUUUUUCCCCGAUCACAUUCCCGGGAAGUCAAACCGUUUUGCGGACGCCCUCUCACGGCGACCGGAUCUUUGCAGCGCAGUCUACUCUACCUUCGAGAUCGAGGAUGACUUGCGGGAGAGCUUCAUCCGCGCCUAUCAAGCCGACCCCCACUUUCGCGACAAGUACGCGAAUUGCUCCUCUCCGAAUCCGGUGCCUUCGCAUUAUCGGAUCCAAGAGGGCUACUUACUUGUGCAUUCACGRGGUAAGGAUCUUCUUUGUGUGCCGAAUGAUUCACACUUGCGCACACGACUUCUUGGCAAGUUUCAUGAUGCGCCUGCCUCUGGACAUUUUGGUGUCAACCGUACACUUGGCCGACUUCGCCAGCGGUUCUAUUGGGCCGACCUUCUCAAGGACGCCACCCGCUAUUUGCCGGACCGGCCAAUCUCUCACGAGAUCAUACUUGAGGCCGGCACCGUGCCACCGAAAGGAUGCAUUUAUCGCAUGUCCGAGGAGGAGCUCACGGUUGUCCGUGCGCAACUCAACGAUCUACUCAACAAGGGUUGGAUCCGCCCUAGCAGCUCACCUUACGGUGCGCCCGUUCUCUUCGUUCGGAAGAAGAACAAGGACCUUCGACUUUGCAUUGACUACCGACGCCUCAACGCGCAAACCAUCAGGAACGCGGGGCCUCUACCUCGCAUUGACGAUUUGCUUGAGCGGUUGGGCGACGCCAAGUACUUUUCGAAGUUGGACCUCAAGUCGGGCUACCAUCAGAUUUCCAUCCGCCCGCAAGAUCGGUACAAAACCGCGUUUAAGACACGAUAUGGGCAUUUUGAGUGGGUAGUUAUGCCUUUUGGCCUCACCAAUGCCCCGGCCACCUUUCAGGCGACCAUAAACACAGAGUUUCGCGCUAUGUUGGACCGCUUGGUUUUGGUCUACUUAGACGACAUCCUCGUCUAUAACCGAACUCUAGAGGAGCAUCUCAACCACCUUCGCCGUGUUCUAGAGACUCUUCGGUCAGCCCGGUACAAAGCUAACCGCGACAAAUGCGAGUUUGUCCGGCAAGAGCUAGAAUACUUGGGUCAUUUUGUCUCUCCAGAAGGCAUUCGUCCGUUGGUGGACAAGAUUCAAGCCAUCCCGGAGUGUCCCGAGACGAAGAAUGUGACGGACGUCCGAUCCUUCCUCGGCUUGGCCGGUUAUUAUCAGCGCUUCAUCAAGGGUUACUCGAAGAGCGCGGCCAACCUAAGCAAGUUACAAAGCGAGGAUCGGCCUUUUGACUUCGAUGACAACGCGUGCCAUUCUUUUGAGACACUCAAAGCGGCGCUCUUGUCCGCCGAGGAGUUACAUAUUUACGACCCGCUUCUAGCUACGCGCGUCACUACCUAUGCGUCGGGCUAUGGCAUUGGGGCCGUCCUUGAGCAGCACGAUGGCACGGACUGGCACCCGGUCGAGUACUUUAGCAAGAAAGUACCUUCCGUGCAUUCGAUCGACGAUGCACGGAAGAAGGAGCUUCUUGCCUUCAUCCACGCAUUCAAGCGUUGGCGACAUUUCCUCCUUGGUCGGAAAGCAUUCCGAUGGGUAACGGAUAACAAUCCGUUGGUAUUCAACAAGUCGCAAGACACAAUUAACAGUACCAUUGCUCGUUGGAUGGCUUUCAUCGACCAGUUUGACUUUUUCCCCGUUCCCGGGAAGUCAAACCGUUUUGCGGACGCCCUCUCACGGCGACCGGAUCUUUGCACCGCAGUCUACUCUACCUUCGAGAUCGAGGACGACUUGCGGGAGAGUUUUAUCCGCGGCUAUCAAGCCGACCCCCACUUUCGCGACAAGUACGCGAAUGGCUCCUCUCCGAAUCCGGUGCCUUCGCAUUAUCGAAUCCAAGAGGGCUACUUACUUGUGCAUUCACGGGGUAAGGAUCUUCUUUGUAUGCCAAAUGAUUCACACUUGCGCACACGGCUUCUUGGCAAGUUUCACGAUGUGCCUGCCUCCGGACAUUUUGGUGUCAACCGUACACUUGGCCGACUUCCCCAGCGGUUCUAUUGGCCCGACCUUCUCAAGGACGCCACCCGCUAUUAUGAGUUGUGCGAAGUCUGUCGGCGUUGCAAGUCACGCAACCAUCGUCCAUUCGGCGAGCUACACCCAUUACCAGUACCCCUUGGGCCACGGGAAGCAAUUGCUAUGGAUAUCACCUGCCCCUUCCCGAAGCACAAGACCGGCGUUGAUGGGAUCCUCACGGUCGUCGACCGCCUCACCAAGUACGCCAUAGUUUUGCCUUGUUCGGCUCGCCACGCUCAAACCGGGACACUCGUUGGAUUCGCUCCAAGGGCUAGAUUCUCCGGUUGGAUUCGCUCCAAGGGCUACCCCAAGCAGAUCAUUUGGGACCGAGACACUCGCUUUCUCUCCGACUUUUGGGUCGCCCUCGUCAAGCGAUAGGGCUCAUCUUUGAGGCCGAGUUCGGCUCGCCACCCUCAAACCGAUGGUCAAACGGAAAUGGCGCAUUAGACCGCUCAAGUCCUUCUCCGCACUCUCAUCCGUCCCGACCAGGUUGAUUAGGUUGAGCGCUUGCCAGACGUUGAGUUGGCUUACAACUCAUCGAUCCACCCGGCUAUCAGGAUGUCGCCGUUCGAGUUUGAGCAUGGUUCACUCAUCUCAUCCCCGCUGGACGCUACUUUGCCGCGCACAGCCGAGAGC